AGAACAACGAAGGGAGGCAAUACCCCUUUCUUCUUCUUCCACAUACUCGCUGGGCUUAUCACUAACCCUAAUUAUAGAUUUUCGAUUCAAUUAGAUCCUCCAUGGCCAGUGAAUCCACCGACCACUCUCGUCGGAAGCAUCGACGGUCAUCUCUUUCCGAUGAAGAAGUUAAGGAUACAUCAAAGCGCCGUAAGCACCGUCAUCAUCACCGUCGCGACCGUCACCACAGCAAAAAGCACCACGAAGGUGAAUUGAAUCCGGAUAUUGAAACUGAUAAGGCUGAGGCUGAAAUUGAGUACAAAAAGCAGGAACUUGGUGGGGUAGCUAUAGGUCUGGUCAAUGGAUGUUCUAAUUUUGCGAUUGACUACGAUAUGGAGGAAGGAGAGAUCAUUGACGAUAUUUUACCUUCUGCUGCUGGUGUUGACGAUUUGGAUGGUAGAAAUACUGAAUUGGGUUUAGACAGGGAGACAGAAGAUAUUGUAGUCCAAAACCAUCGUCUUCUGGAUCUGAACAAAUCAGAUAUGAAACAUAAUAAGGAUCUAUUAGGUGGACCUAAUUCCAGCACGCCCUCGGAAGAUAAUUUGGAAAAAGUUGAGGUGAAUUCAAUAUCUUCAGGAGUGGACAAUGCAAAAAGGAAAGACAGAGAAUGUGAUGAUUAUAAGAUCCACAAGCAUGUUGGUCAAGACACUAUAUAUAGUGAGGGACAUCAUGCCAAUGGCAACUCUGAUGGAGAACGCCAUAGAGCAGGCCAUACAAGAUAUGAUGGAAAACACUCCCCUAAUAAAGAAAGUAGAAAGCAAAGGAACCACUAUGCUAAUGAAAAUGAUUUCAACCAGAGAAGUUCUGUGACACUUGAGAGUCCUGGGAAGUGGCACACUGAUAAAGAUGGUUUCGAUAAUGAAAGAAUGAGUGGGCAUAAUCGAGACUAUCAAUAUGGAAGAUAUUUAAGGGAAAGGGGAGAGCGCAGUCCUAGUCAUAGUAGAUAUGAUAGCCGAGAGGUAAGGCAUCGUAGCCGUGAGACUAUUGAAAGGUACAGGGAAGCAAGUUUGGAUAUUGACAGGGAUAGAGUCAAAGAGAAGGAUCAUGAAAGGGCAAGAGAAAAUUACAGGGUAAGGGAGCGCGAAAGUGACAGAGAAAGAGCACAUCCUAGAGAGAAGGAGAAGGAAAGGGACAGACAUCGGGAUAAUGACAAUGAUGGGGAGAGAGGGAGGGAAAGGAGGAGAGAUAAGGAUAGGGACAGCCGAGGAGGUAGAAGUCGGGACAGAGAGCGGGAAAGAGACAGUGUCAGAUCUAGCAGGCAAUCUAGAUAUGACGAUUUUGGCAGGAGCCACGGUGAUCGAGAUAGAUAUGGUGCUUCUAGGCAUAUUAGAGAUGAUGAAACUGCCCGUUGCUACAGAAAUCAGUCAGGCAACGCCGAAGAAAACAAAUCUGACAAAUCAAUAAUAGGAAUGGGAAGUGAUAAGUUCAAAAGAGACGAAGAUGAGCAAGAGGAGUAUCAGGAGAAAAUCACGAUGCAACUUGCUGAACAAGAAGAAGAUACUGAAAGGAUUAAGGAGGAGAGUAGACGGCGUAGGCAAGCCAUACUUGAAAAGUACAAGAAUAGGCAGCUACCGAUACAAACUAAGAAUUCUUCAGAAGAAUGUGAUAAGUCCGUUCAGGGCAAUAAUCGUGUGCCAGAAAGUGAUGCUAGAACCGAUGAUACAGACACUUCUGCUGGUGACGCAGAUUUUUCAGUAGGAAAAUCACCUCGCCAGGAUCAUCAUUCUGUGAAUGAGCUGACCUCUGGAGUUGGUGGACUAGGACAUGGUACUCCAAAGAGUGAGAGGUUGCAUGACAUGUUCUGUGAUGAUAUAUUUGGAGAAUCACCUGCAGGAGAUCGUAAGCAAGGUAAAGGAGAUAGUUUAACCAUUGAAAGAAGUGGUCUUCAUGAUAACUGGGAUGAUGCAGAAGGUUACUACAGUUACCGAUUUGGAGAGGUGCUUGAUGGACGAUAUGAGAUCAUUGCUGCUCAUGGAAAAGGAGUCUUUUCUAUGGUUGUCCGUGCGAAAGAUCUAAAGGCUAAAACUGGCGAUCCUGAAGAGGUAGCAAUAAAAAUGAUCCGUAAUAAUGACACAAUGUACAAGGCUGGUAUGGAAGAACUGGUGAUAUUGAAGAAGUUAGUGGGUUCUGAUCCUGAGGAUAGGCGCCAUUGUGUUCGCUUCCUCUCUAGCUUUAAGUACCGGAAUCAUCUCUGCUUAGUUUUUGAAUCUCUUCAUAUGAAUCUUCGAGAGGUUUUGAAGAAGUUUGGUCGUAACAUUGGACUAAAGCUUACUGCUGUGAGGGCGUAUGCAAAGCAGCUAUUUAUUGCUUUGAAACAUUUAAGAAACUGUGGUGUUCUCCACUGUGACAUCAAACCAGAUAAUAUGCUGGUGAAUGAGGCAAAAAAUGUCCUGAAGCUUUGUGAUUUUGGUAAUGCCAUGUUUGCUGGAAAGAAUGAGAUUACUCCAUACCUAGUGAGCCGUUUUUAUCGAUCCCCUGAGAUUAUUUUAGGCCUGACUUAUGACCACCCAAUGGAUAUGUGGUCAGUUGGUUGCUGCUUGUAUGAGCUUUAUACGGGGAAAGUUUUAUUUCCUGGCCAAACAAACAAUGACAUGCUUCGCCUUCAAAUGGAGUUAAAGGGCCCAUUUCCUAAGAAAAUGCUUAGAAAGGGAGCUUUUAUGGAUAAACAUUUUGACCAGGACCUUAAUUUUCUUGCUACAGAAGAGGAUCCCGUGACAAAGAAGGCUGUAAGAAAGAUGAUUGUUAAUGUAAAGCCAAAAGAUAUUGGUACAAUUGUUCUGGGUUCUCCUGGUGAGGACCCAAAGAUGUUCACACACUUUAAAGAUCUUCUCGAGAGAAUAUUUAUGCUUGAUCCAGACAAGAGACUCUCAGUUUCACAAGCACUCAGCCAUCCAUUCAUUACUGGCAAGUGAUCAAUGAUGAUGAUUUUGACUGCAGUCUACAGACAUGCUGUGUUGCCACUAGAUUCUUGUAGAGUUAUGAUGACUAAAUUUGGAUACGCUCUUCUAACCAUGGGCAUUUAUAUUUUUUAUUAUAUACUCUGCUGGUAUAAGUGCUGCGGACACAAGUGCUUGGCUUGAUAGAAGUUGGAAGAGAAUACAUAUGAUUGGGAGAUCCCCUCUCGGCUGUUCUUUCAGUGGAAUAUUUUCUGGUUCUAUUGAUGUCUACCAAGGUUAUGGAAGCGUUCACUUCUUUAGUUGCUUGAAAGGCACCCUGGAGAAGGUAUCUUGGUUUGUUCGUUAGGAACUUAUUAUGAGAAAUUUGCACUUGUCAUCCUUGUCCCCCAUUAAUGCUAACUUGUUUAUUUGUUGACAUCGGUCUUGGACUCAUUAUGCAUUUGAAUUUGGGUCUACUAUCUGCAAAUGGUUUGCUUCGUUGUUGAAUUUACACAUACAGUUCUGAGAGUUGAGGUAGUCGAUAUGGUGACUAGACAUUAAUCUUUCACUUAAGCACUUGUAUUUUUUUGAAUUUUUGGGGUAGUUGGGGAUUUUUUAUGGAAAUCCUUUAACUGAGAUCUGAUAACUCCCAUGAUCUGAUUUAGUAACCAGUGCUUGAAUAGCUGAAUGCAUUGUUUGUCAUUUUUUUGCGUAAAAGAAGUUUGCUAAUGACACUGUAUUGCAUCUGAUCCAUGAUGUGUUCAUGCUGGAGCAUUGUAUAUCUGGAGAUGUUAAGAAGCCUGGGAACUGAAAGUAUUAAAGAGUGAGUUGUCCUUUCAAUUUCUCUGCUGUCCAUUGUUGAGAAGACAUUUUUUUGGCUAAAUGUAGUAUUUUUUAUUGGAUUUUAUCUUGAUAGGGUUGGCUUCAUGGUUCUGCAUUUAUAGUAAGUACCCUUGCUUUUAUUUUUAUUUUUUUGUACUGCAUGGCUGCGUAAGCCCCAAGUUAUUGGUGACUAUAGCUUGUUUCAACCCAAAUCAAGCCAAGAUGUUUCCCACUUUGAGGGGUUAGGUAAGUUCAAGAAGUAUUUUGGUCAUUGAAGCAAAAUGUGGCUUGGGUUUUCAGAAGGUUGAUGUAUUGUGGGUGUAAGCGGAAGCUUACUUUAAGAUUCAAGUUCCAACAGCAUAGAUUUUCGGUUUAUAUUACACAUUUUAAAAUACACUCUGACAGAAACUGGAAGGGUCAAUAGAGAUGGUGAAAUACUGAAAUGUGAUUUGCGGGUGCGUAACAGUACUAGGUUAACUAUUAUAUGUCACGCUCAAAUUGUCAGAUUAAACUUCAUCUUUCGUUUCAUUUUGUUGAAGCUAAUAGUGACCUUUAAUUUUGGCAAGAUCUUUCAAGACGUUACUUAAAAGACUAAGCAUUUGCUAAUAACAUUUUGAAUGAUUUAUGUGUUAUCUGAAAUUGAUAUGUGGAUAUUGGCUACCAUUGGGUCUUGAGUAAUUAAUUUUUAAAUUUACUGAUAACACAAGUCCACCAAAACUACGUAGUUGGAUUUCAUGUGGUGAAGUAAUGAACAAUGGUGCAAUAAUGCCCCAUUGUGGUGAAAUUAACCACAACAAUGCAACAUCCUUCUCUUGUAUAAGUUUGAGGGUCGUCAGUUUGAUUGAAGUUGGAACCUGAAGAAGUGUGCAACGUCAUAAUUGGGGGCUGAAUUUGCUACAUUCUAUCUUUCAUUUUGUUUCAAAUUAUUCGUUGAUGGUUAGUGUCCUAGAAUUGUGGCUUAAACUAAUUAAUUGGUGGCCAGCAGGCCAGGUUUGUAACAAUAAUGAUUUCAAAAAAAAAAGAUCAAACAUCCUUGAACUCGGGUGAAAUUCGAACCUGUGACCUUGACCUUGGUAAUGUGAUGCCAUAGGACACAAUUUCACAAGAAGUUUGAUUUAUUUAUUUUACUGAAAACCUAACUUUUUUUCUCGAGUCAUAAUUUACAAAAAUUUUCUUAGAAUAAACUUUUCUUCACCAGUUGUUUUCGGCCAUCUAAAAAAUGUCAGGUGUGUAUUUCCUAAUGAAAUUUCAAUUGUUUUUUCUUCUAAAUAACUUCCCCAAGCCACUUGGGGAAUGUCCACCCGACCACCCCUAGUUAGGGGUGGACCCGGGCAGGUUCUGGGCCUGGGUCUGGGUGGGCUAUUUUUUGGGAAAGGGUUAUCUGGAAUCGGCCGGAGUAUAAACCGGGUUCAGGUCGGGCCCUGUUCUAUGUUUUUUUGCUUUCUAAUUAAUCCCGACCCCCCUCCCCCAAAACACCCAAAACACCCAAUCCUAACCAAGAAAAACAAAAAAAAUUGAAAAAAAAACUCGGGCCCGUCCCGAUUGGGCCAGUUCAAGGAAAACAUGACCUGAGUCUGGCCCGGCCCAAAUGGGUAAAAGCCCGGGCCCGGUUAGCACCAACCGGGCCGGUCCGGGCCCGCACAGAAGUAUGCUGGGCCGGUUUCGGGCUGGGCCGAACCGGUUGGGUCCAUCCCUACCCCUAGUAAUGACAUUUAACAAAAAUUGUCUAAGCCAUACGCUCUUUAAUUCUUUAUAAUUCCUUUGCCUUAGAAGAUCUAAAUGACACUUGUUAAUAUUUUCAAGACCCCAAUUAGGUAGAAACUUUUCUUUUUGUAUGAUUUAAAAAUAAUAUAUUUUCAUGACUUCUAAUUUUAUGAUAAUGAAUCAUUUUGACUUUAAGAUCAUAUAUCUUGGACAACUUCCAUGACAUUAGGUAGGGGUGGGAUUGGUCCGAUCCGGGUUGGAUUUUUGCUAAACCCGAAAAUUACCCGUAAGGUAUCAGGUUAUGAAAAUUAGGGACCGAAACAAAGCCCAAUACAAACCGCAAAUAAAAUUAAUAAAAACCACAAAUAUUAGUCUUCAAAAUCACCAAGAAUUCAAAUCCAAAGAAGACAAUUAUCAUAAUAUUUUAUUUUAGAUGCAUGAAAAUAAUAAUAUAGGUGUUCUAAAAAUGUUAUGAAAUAAUAUUUAUGGAUAAAAAUGUGACUAAAGUUACUAUAAAUAUGUUUUCAUGGUCAUUAUGGUAAAUAAAUUGAACAUAUUUGUAGUCACUAAAAGUUAUAAAGUCAGUUUUUCGUCCAUCAUGAUUAUAAUCAUAUAUUAGGAAUUAAUUUAUAAAUUAUAUUGGUAUAUUAUAUUGAUUUAAUAUGAAAGCUAAUUGUAUCGGGUUAUUGAUCCGAGCCGGGUUAUAGAUUUUAGGGCCCGUUACUGAGCUCGAAAUUUCGGGUUCGGUCCGUUUUUUAUAUUCAGGUCGGUUAAAAAGAAAAAACCCUGACCGAUAUCAUAAUUCGGGUCAUGCCAGGGCCGGUUUCUGGUUUUCAGUUCGGUUUUUCCCACCCCUAACAUUAGGCAUGUAUAGAGUAUACAAAGUUCAAUGAGAUAAGUGAUACAUGAGAGGUGAACAGUGAAUAAUAUAAACUUGAGGGAAAACUAAUCAACCUUUUGAACUUCAAGGUUGAGUUUACUACACAUGAUCGACUUUUAAGUAGGGAUGACCGGGUUGGACUAGGCCCUGGGCCAGGAUUGGGGCGGGACUGGGUUUUGGGAUGAAGGCCUGGUUUUGGCCUGGGUUUGGUCGGGCUGGUCCACCAAAUUAGCAUCCCGUAGCCCGCCCUGAAAUCCCCCGGUUCGGCCCUCUAUUCUCGGUCUGGGUCGGCUGGUCGGGCCGGUCCCGCAAAGCAUCGGGCUGGGCCGGGUACCAGGUCGGGCCGAACCGGCCUAGUCUAUCCCUACUUUGAAAAGGCCAAAUAGUAAUUUACCCUACUUCCAAUAAGAGCAGUAGAACUGCAAAUUGGUGAAAACGUCCGUAGUUGGUUAAAUAUAGUGUGGAAUUAAAUGUGGUUUAUCUAGUGGCAUGAAAAAAUAGUUCAAAAAAUGUUGACUUUUAAGAAAAUGUUGAAAUACAUGGACGUGUAUAAGAAGUUUUUUUAUAAUAUUUUUUGCCCAAAAUCAUAAUUGAGUAGAAACUAAAAUUAAACACGCAUUUAAUCAUAUAUAACUCUAUAGCAAAUCAUAUUACUCUAUAAAACAUUUGCUAUCGAGUACUUCGUAUAAUCUAUUAAGGAGUGCUUGAAAGUAGGGAUUAAGUAAUUCGUAAUUUGUGUACUUUUGCACUGCACUAAAUGUUUUUGCUCGAAAAUCAUCCUGAAUUUGUGUACAAUCUUUGUAAUCAUGGCUUUGAGUCCAAAAAGAUUGAAACAUUACCCUCGUUAUUCCAUCCGGAAACUCCUUACAAUAUUUGCAUCCAAAAUGCGUCUUUCUUCCUCACCAAUAUAAGUAAAUUUACAUGAUAGAUGAUAUUUGUGAAUAACAGAAUACUAGAGGAAGAAUGUUGUUAAUUUCGUUUUGCACUUUAACAUUAUAGCCUUUUAACAAUAAUUUAUAGUAAUACAUGGAAGAAUAUUCAUCUUGUAUAUAUGAAUAUCAAGAUAUCGAGUGAAAUCAAAUAUGAUUGAGCUAUAGUCUACAAAUUAAAAAUCAAUUGAUCACAUCGUAACUUUAGUUCAUAAGAAUAUAACAACACGAGUUUUGAAAAAUUUAUUUGUUGCUAUCUCAGAUCUGAUCUGAAAUAUUUGGAUAUAAAAAUCAAUAAGGAACAUUAUUAUAAUGGAUCUACAUAUAAUAAAACACAUUAAAUAUUAAAACUUAAAACAAACAUGAAUUAGACUUUGGAACUCAGCUGGAUGGAGAUUCAAAAAGCUUGUGCAGUUAUGUAGAUGAUCAUCGUACUACUCUACUGCCUUGGUGACUUAUGAUCAUCGUGCAAUGUUUUACUUUACUGAAGUCCACAUCUUCAUACAUUGAAACAUGUUUAGAUUUUUAGGACACAUUUUAAUAUUCUAAAACUCACUUGCUGACAUGCAUUUAAAGUUAGCUCCUAUGAUGUGUCUAGUUUUUUUUUUAAAAUCGUUGGACGCACGUUUUCCCGUUUAAAACGCACCGACAUUGUUGUUCGUUUAAAAUGCGUUUUUUGAUAAAAAAGUAAUAUGCGUUUCAAACGGCAAAAAGCUAACUGGCCUUUAAAUAGUGCGUCUCUGCACCCCUCCGGAAUGCCUUAGUCGGAUGAUGACUCCGACAUUCAGGACGAUCUCGAUUUUUUAUGGGAUCUUGAUAAUAGUGGGAUAGCAGACCUCCAAUCUUGUGCCAAUGACAGCGACUUUGCUAAAACAUACAAUCGAAUCGGUGAAGAUUGUUUGGUGGAAGUGUGGAACCUUAGCUGCUACUGAUGUUUUGAGUGGUCAGCUUCAUAUUUGUACUACUUUAACACUAAACAAGAGAUUAUAUGUAAGUUUAUGUUUGAGGUGCAAGGUGAUGUACUCUUUACUGCAUGCCUUACAAUUUUAUCUACUGACUUGACCUUUUC